AACUGAUAUGAAACUGGCGCCCACAAAGAGAGGCGGCAAGAGACGAAGAUGUGGUCGUUAAUUUGCUUCCAUACAUCCUCCACCGUAACCUAGCCAGUUGUAGGGGAGUCCUGAGGAACAGUGUCCCUGAUGGACGUCCAGAAAAAGGACAUCGGGCGAGAUGAAGCCCAUUUUGCCGUGCCGGGGAAACCUCCCCUCCCCACAGCCAGGAGACAGUAUGAGAAGAGAGGUUCUCUGCCUACCAGUGAGCUGGCAAGGGCCAAACUACCAAGGCCCAUCAGCCAGCCCAGACUACAAAAGAACUUGGGAGGAGGUUCUCUGGCCAGACUUAACCUGGACAGCAGAGAGAAGUCCAGUAGCCUGGUACAGCUGUCAAAUCUUAAGACCAAAACACUAAGCUCCAGUAACUUGGCAGCGGUGUCAGACAGUAACCUGUCUGUACAAGAGGCCGCCCCUCUCAGGAGUUACGAGACACCCCACACCGCAGAGGCAGCUACUAAACUUUAUUUUGAACAGUUGGUGAAGAGGUAUUUCUACCAGCUUACAGAAGGUUGUGGGAACAAGAAAUGCAGGAACAAGUUUUGCCACUCUUGCCCAGGGCACAUUGUUGUACCCAAAGACAUGUUAGCAAUAAUCAGCAUAGAGCUUGCCACAAGACAAAGGCCAUAUCUGUGUGCUCUGAAGAAGUUUCUGGACAGACCACUACCAUCAGAUAUUUUUCAGGUAGAAAAAGGGAGACCAAAGCCAUUCCUGCACACCAUGUUUUCAUGCAGUCCUUUCUGUGGACUCUUCAAAGAGGCGCCAGAAGAGACAAGUCCACCAACCAAGCCUUCCAAACCAAGGCUGCUGUCCUCCAGCUCUAAAACACUGAACAUAGCAUCGCAUUCCAACCUCAUGUUAAAAGCUGCUACCUCACUGAACUCAGUGGCAGAUUCGAGACCGGUGCAUUCGAAUCUCAGACAAGAGGUUUUAAGGAGGGGUUCCUUUACGACCUAUGAUGGGUGGAGUGGCCGGAGGGCCAGCACUGACUGUGUGUUGAACAAGCUUACUCUGGAAAAGAAUGGACUGACAGGAAGCAGCCGAGAGCUGAGUGGGAGUAUGGAGAAUAUUCUGGGUGGUUCACCCAGAGCACUGUCCAUUCACAGUAAUGGCAGCAGACCAGGCAGCCUGACGUUUGGCCAGAGUGUCCCUCAGGAGGAGGGUCUGAACUCGCUGUCCAGUCUGACCACCAGCCCAUCCCGCCUGCUGUCCUCAGCAGAGUGCCUUAGUGACCAGUCCCCUGAGCUGGAGGAGUUUGAGAGGGAGUGUAUGCUGGAGAUGUCAUCAGAUGACAUCAGGGAGUUCUCACUCACACACCUCACACUGCCCAUGCUUCAGGACACAGUGGAUAAGUACAGGGAGCUAGGUGAUCCAUCCUUCCUCCUCAACACCAUCAGAACUGUCUUCACCUCAUCUCAGGCUCUCAAUGAUAGCUUCAAGCACAAUGAGUCUGACCGGGGUGUGAACAUUGACCUGGAGUCCCUCAGGAAAGCCUACUACCUGCUAUGCAACCUGCAACCACAGGAAACCUUCAAGACUGCCAUGGCCAAUGCAGUAGAGAUCCUUCUAUCUUCAUUACGAGGCACAAAUGUACAACCCAAUGAUAUUGCUCAGCUGAUCAUUCUGAUGGAAAACCCCCUCAUGGAGACCAGGCCAGCCUUGCUGCACAAGCUGUGCCAGGUAGUGGCCUCCCUCCCCCACACGUCCCGCUCACAGCUGGCCCGGGCACUCAUGAAGUACGACAAGGCCAACUUCAGAACCUUCCUACAGCUGUUCCAGGCUCAUCUGGUGCAGUCUCUACAUCCAGACAAGGGGGCUAGGGACCAGAUGUUGGAUGUUGCCAGGACGUUGUCGGUGUUUCACCUCGCCAACAGCCGUGCUCACAGCUCCAGGGGGAAGGCCAUCCUUCCUCUGUCUGACUUCUACUGCCCAGUACUGGCCAGGAAAAUGGACUACAAGCAUGAGUACGGGAACUGGACAGCUUCUGAUCAGAACUCCAUGUUGGACUUUCCUUACCUGUUAGACCCAUCGUUGAAGGUCCGAAUCCUACACUUUGAUGCUGUGGUACAGAUGAGGAAAGAGUAUCAGAAUGCCAUCCUACACCAGGCAAGGGUGAAUCAAGCUCAGAGAUACCUCAACCAGCUGAACAAAGAAGCGUCCCUGGAGGAUGGCGUCCAGGCGGCCACCUGUCCCUUCCUGGUGCUGGAGAUCCGCAGGGACCAGCUGAUCCAGGACACCCUUGCCGAGGUGCAGCUCAAGAAGGACCAGCUCAAGAAACCGCUCAAGAUCAAGUACAUCGGUGGUGGGGAGCAGGGCCUGGACAUGGGAGGUCUGCAGAAGGAGUUUUUCCAGAUGAUCACAGAGUCUGUGUUUGACCCCAACUAUGGCAUGUUUGUGUACCUGGAGGAGAGCAGGAGUCUGUGGAUCAAUGGGGAGUCACCGGAAUCAGAUGGAGAGUUCGAGCUGGUGGGUAUCAUCCUGGGGUUAGCCAUCUACAAUGGCGUGAUCCUGGAUGUGCAUUUCCCCAUGACUGUGUACAAGAAACUCCAAGGGGAGACCCUGGAGUUGGCUGACCUGCAGGACAUCCAGCCGACCCUGGCCAGUGGGCUACAGGAACUGAUGGAGUAUGAGGGGGAUGUGGAGAUGGACUUGUGCUACACUUUCCAGGUUUCAUACGAGUCAUUUGGCCACUUGAAGACAGUUGAUCUGAUAGAGAAUGGAUCUGAGAUGCCUGUCAACAACAAGAACCGAGGAGAAUUUGUGCGCAGGUAUGUCAACUUCCUGCUUGUGGACAGUGUGGAGAGGCAGUUUGAGGCCUUCUCCCGAGGGUUCCACAUGGUGUGUGGAGGCAGAGUGCUGACACUGUUCAGAGCAGAGGAGAUUGAGCUGCUCAUCUGUGGCAGUACUGAACUGGAUUUUGAUGGACUGGAAGCAUCUGCAGUCUAUGAGGAUGGCUACUCAAAGGAACAUAAGACUAUCCAAGCCUUGUGGUCAGUGGUGCGGUCACUGUCACACAAACACAAGAAGAUGCUGCUUAUGUUCAUCACUGGGAGUGACAGGGUCCCACUGAAAGGCCUGGCCACCCUAAGGAUCACUGUCCAGAGACAUGGACCAGAUUCAGAAAGACUUCCCACAGCCAUGACAUGUUUCAACACCCUCCUCCUGCCUUCCUACAAGGAUGAAGACAAACUGAAGAACAGACUUCUCACUGCUAUAGAGAACUGUAAAGGAUUCGGUCUUACAUGAGAUGCAACGUAAACAUAUGCAAACGUCUAUGUACAGUUAUGGGAAUCUAUAAAAUACAUUUUUCAAAUGUGUUGAUUGUCAGGUAUACAUGUAACAUUAUAUGAUUUACAAACAGUAUUGUUGCUGUAAUAAUAGUACAGUUUGUCAAUUUCUCAAGUGCUUCAUAUUGCUGCCGUCCUUACACAGUUGUUUUUCCACAGUAUGAUUAGUGGUGCUGGUAAAUUAAUGAAUACUAAGUAUAUUGUUUUGUGCAUUCUCAAAUGUUGUUUGUGAAAUGUCUUUAUUGACAAAUUGCUGCUGCGUUUCUGGAUAUUUGAGGCAUUUUUGUUUUUGUUACCUCAUUUGAAAGUUGAAUAUAUUUAUUUGUGUAAGAAGUGUAACGUUACAUUCCUAGUGUAUGAGAAGUACAACAUGUUUUGACAGAGAAGAUUGCUGCUAUAUCCAUUUUCAGUGUUUAUAUUGUUUAUGUUGUAUUAUAAUGUAACAAUUACUCAGUGUUGAAUGAUUGUGUGAAUUGAGUAUUGGGGUGAUUUUCAGUCGAUUUCUUGUAACUUGUUAUGAAGGAUUCGAUUGCUCCCCAAGUAUGACAAAAUUUGCAAAAUUUACUGACAACAUCAGUUAUCAUCUGUUUAGACUGGUCGGUAUCAUAUACUCUCAAAUUAUUUUAUUUUUGUACUUUUAUAGAUAUUCAAUCGUGCGUUUACGUAAAAGUGUCGGAUUAAGGUUCACUGCCGUUACAAUUUAUGUGACAAAUAUUGACAUUAGCGAACACAGUUUUGUUGUUGAGUGAUUCGGUCCAUUGUGCAGUGAGAAAAUAAACUUUCUUCAAGAGUUCUGAA